AUGCAUCAGCAUCCCCGAUCGGUGCCGUCUCCGGCGCCAAACUUCCCACCCAGACCGACUGCUCGGGACGACCGCAGAGAACAGGAAGCCACGCCGAGCUCCCCAGCUGUCGAUAUGGGGUCUAAUUCUGCCAGGGGGUUGGGAAUAGAGCCGGGACCUCAGCCGUCCGAGCAGGGGAGGAAUGCGGCAGUGGGCAAGGAGGCCCUGACCCGGUUAAAUCAGAUAAUAUCGAACUAUCACACAAAAGCCGCUUUGAUUAUCCUGCAUUCGCGAGUUGCACUGCCUCCCUCCUUUAACAAGGGCUCCGAGUCCCCUAGAGUCAACCGCUGGUUCAACGUUGAAUUAGACGACACAGAUGUCCUUCGGGAACCCCUGCGACCUUGGAGAACAUGCGAUGCAACGGACAAUCGACCACCACCACUCGUUAUCGAAACAUACCUAGACACAAAGGGACUCACAAAUAAUCAAAGUUUGGUGAUUCUUGAUGAGAAUGGGAAGCGUUGGGAUGUGCGCGAGUCGCUCGCGGCGCUUCAGGGAGCCCGUGCUAAGCCAUACCAAUCGGAGAAUGACGAGAUUAUCUUGGAGCGGUGGAGAAUCGAGUUGGGAGAGUCCUCAAGCAGGCUUCCGGCAGAUUUGGGCUCUAUACUGCCGACUGUGUAUAAGAAAAGCAUUGUGCUCUUCCGAUCCUUAUUCACCUACUCCAAGUUCUUGCCCGCAUGGAGAUUCUCUAGACGCAACAAAAAGUUGCGGCAGAGCCCAGCUCUCCAGAUCAAGUACCGUGUGGUAGGUGGGAGCCCUGCUCGCGAUGACCUUUCAUUGGAUCAUUUGACAGCCCCUUUGAGUGAGGGAAGCGAAAAAGUGGUGGACACCUACAGCUUUGGGGUCACGGAGUCGCCCGCAGGCCCCUUUUCAGUUCAAGUCAUGUAUCGGACGAACUGCGAUUUCCGUGUUGACGACUCGGAAGCGCUCCUGAGCUCGCGGUUCAUGGGUGCUGACGACGAGAUCUUUCGUCCAUCGUUGCCUUCAGACGAUGUCAACCGCCCAAAUCCUGAAGUCGGUUCUGUGCCAGUGGAGAGAAGGGCCGUUGAGAGUCCAGAUUGCACACGUGCAUACGGCAGUCUCUCGACCUUCCAUCAGGUUGGCCCCACAACAGGUGCGAGUCCUAUAUCAACACUUCGUGCAAUGAGAGAUUCGGGCGCGGGGUCUCCUUCCCCGACAGACUCACCUAGGAGACUCCUCCCUCCUGCCAAAGUCGUUCCUUCAGGACGUGCUGCGCAGAUCGCUGGUGAAGAUGGAGGCUCAAGUUUCCCACGCCGUCCCUCCGUUUCAUUCCAGCCCUUCAAAGCCCCCCCUCUUUCUGCUUCCCCGGCUUUAGCAGACUCUCCCUUAGGAGUGUCUCCCCGCAAUAUGUCUUCACGCAUCCCAACAGGAACAUCUGCCGAUUCACGCGUCAUGCCGCCCCCUUCUUCUGCCGCUUCAGCGCGCAGACCUACAAAUAUCGCAUCUGAACAAGCUAUAUCAUCCUCUAAUUCCGCAUCCCCCAAACCUGCUCCGAUCUCCCGGUACAGCAGCUCCUUUAGUCACCGACGAGGCCGCCUUUCUGCAGGGACAAACAGACUGGAAGACGACAACUCCAGUGGCCGAGCGAGCGCGACAUCAUCCAAUGCACAGCCUGGGUCCGGCCUACUCACGGAAGCUACAGGCACGAGUGCAGAGUCAAUUCAAGCAGACGAUGAGAAUAUCUCCGAAUUUUUGAAGAUGCUUGAUUCGAAGAAGGACUUAAUGAACUCAUCCACCUCUGCAUCUAUUCAGCCUGGUCCUAACCCCACUGCAGCAGCGCUUGCUCGCUUCCGCGGUAUGCGGGAUUCAAACGCCGCGCUGUCCGACUCAAUGUCACAGUCUAUGCAAAUGCAUCGCUCUUCCAUUUCUUCGAGCAAGCAAUUGUCAGGUGUCCCACCGAUGGUUGCGGGCACCUCCAUCUCCACAGCUUCUUCUCCGGGGAAGCCCAUGUCCCCCCACACCCCUCACACUCCCCACACACCUGCUAUCCGCUCUCGUCUGAGCUCGAACAGCGUCGCUGAUGACAUUGAGACCGACCACCACUCAAGACUCCCUCGCAUACACCACGACCCCCCACUGGAAGAACAUUCUAGCACAGAAAAUACGCGAGCGCCUUCUUCUACCGCAGGUGCUAUUGACAUUCCAACAUCGCCGCGGAUUUUCGAUCCUGCUUACCGCCGCUCGAGCUCCGCAGCUGUACGCCGGCCGAUUGUUACAAGCGACGACGAUGAAAUAUUCCCAUUCGGCAUGCGCAGCCUCAGCCUCGGGGCCGAUGAGCCCGCAAACGCUACGCUGGGUGCCGCCCAACAGCAGAACGAGUCCCGGAAAAACCAACAAUCACCGACCGAGGACCGAAGCGGGCCAUCGGUCUCCACGACGGGACCGUACCGGGACAGCGCAUCCCUCCGCGGGCAGAUGUCCGGACCAACUAGCGCUUCAGCCUCCUCCAACCCCCAUAUCUACCAGCCCCGGUUCGCCAGCUCCCGCGGCCGCGGCUGCUCGGGCGGGCAUUCGUUAAGCUCAGCAUCCAGCAGUCUCGCCCGAGGCGCCAACCUCGCCCCACACCUAGCGGAGCGCGACCAGGACCGCGAUGGCAACGCCAGCGGAAGCAACAGCGGCAACUCCACGCUUGAAAUCCGUCGCGGUUCUGGGCAGCGGCCAAGCACGGGUCGGACGCUGUCUGGACAAGGGCCCGAAGACGACGAGCCGCUGCUCUUCGCUAUGAGCGACUUCGGCGCCUCGCGCCGUAGUCUAGAUGAAGGUAGGCAUGGGAACCACGGUGGAGCUGAAUCGGCUGCUGGGUCCCGGCGUGGUAGCGGGAGAAGGGGAGCAGGGCUCCCGGGCUUCCAUGUUUGGUCGUGA